AUGUUAUGUUUAUCAAUCCUUAUAAAUACUGAUCUUAAACCUUCAAAAUCAUCAGUCGUUCUUGAAAAUCUGCAAGAAACUAUUUUUACCAUGCUUAAUCAAAUCAUUUCUAUUCUUCUUUCUGUUCUUCUCUGUGGUACUCUUUUGGUUUUGGCCAAUCCUGCUGCAUCUGUUGAAGAACAACGUCGUGCUAUUUCAUGGCCAGGCGACUUUGGACCAUCAAAUCCAUUCUGUAUGCCAAUGUUGUGCUUCAUGCCAUGCAAUUGCGGUAGUUAUCGUGAUCACCGUGGAUGUGAUAGCUGCAAUUGUCGUCCAUGUGAUGGUAGCGGAUGGGGUGACAAUUGGGCAAUAGCUUAA